CGACUUAGAGUGUCACUGUAAAUCCAAAUCAUGUUGAGAAGAGUUUAAGGCUUAUCCAGCACAUUAUAUGGAUAUCUUAUGCAGAACCAUGAGGUUUCAUUCUCAUUUUCAUCCAAUCUUUUUUCUUUUUCUUUUUUUUUUUUUUUAGCUGAAAUGAAAACCUGCUGGUUGAUAGUUUUUUUUUGUGACACCUGGUUUGAUAAGCAUCACAGCAGUUGUCACAAUAUACUGGAGUUGUACAAUAAUUACAAAAUAUUUCUGUUUCUGUCAUGUAUUAAUCUUAUACUUUCUGGAUUUUUCUGUCUUACAGUAGUACAGAGUCAGAACGGCUGGUCAGUAAAGUACACUGCGACUCAGAUCUGUGCUCUAAAAGGAUCAACUGUGACAAUACAGAGCACCUACACAUACCCCUCUACUUCAUAUAGCAAAGUUGAGAAAAUAUUAUGGUUCAUAGAAGAGAGUGACCUUGGUUAUGUGGAUCUGAAGACAGACCCAGGUUAUUCAGGUCGUGUCCACUAUAACUGUACAAGUAACGUCUGUAGUCUGAAAAUCUCAAACGUGAGUAUCAGCGACUCAGCUACCUACAAGUUUAGAUUCGAAACAAACAUAACAAGAGGGAAAUAUAGUGGUGUACCUGGAGUCACUCUGACAGUAACAGAUCUUCAGGUCAAGGUGAACAAAAAUAAUUUUAACUCAGUACAACUGACGUGUCACACCAGUUGUACUCUUCCUGGUCCACUAUCCUACAUCUGGUACAGUGAUGGUAAAAGCAUUGAUGGAAAAACAUCUUCUUAUUAUGAACAUCAAAAUGUAUCUACAGAAAACUAUUCCUGUGCUUUAAAAGGACACGAGAAUACCAACUCUUCUUCAGUGUAUGCUCCAAGGCUUCCCUCUGUGAGUCCCUCUGGUGAGAUAUUGGAGGGUAGUUCAGUGACUUUUAACUGCAGCAGUGAUGCUAACCCAGCAGCUAAAUACACCUGGUACAAGGUGAAUGGCAAUACACAGGAAGUAUCUGACCUUGUCAUUGGAUCCAUCAAGUCCUCUGACUCUGGAGAGUAUCGCUGCACAGCUGAGAAUGAUCUGGGAAAUACAUCUAAAACCAUUUGGGUGGAUGUUAAAUAUCCUCCAAGGCAUCACUCUGUAUCAGUGAGUCCAUCUGGUGAGAUUGUGGAGGGCAGUUCAGUGACUCUGAACUGUAGCAGUGAUGCUAACCCAGCAGCAACAUAUACUUGGUACAGGGACAACCAACAACUAUCCAGUGGACUUCAGGGUAUUCAUAUUUUCACCCCCAUUACAUAUAAAAAUGGAGGGAACUACUACUGCAAGUCUGAGAAUAAGUAUGGUCAGAUCAACUCUUCGCGUCUACUCAUAGAUGUUAAAUAUCCUCCAAAGAGUUCCUCGGUUUCAGUGACCCCCCCUGGUGAGAUAAUGGAGAACACUUCAGUGACUCUGACGUGUAACACUGAUGCUAAACCAGCAGCUAACUACACGUGGUACAAGGACAACCAGAAGCUUCGUCGACCAUCAAAGAGUUAUGAAUUUAUCUCCAUCAGCCCUGCGGACAGCGGGAAAUACUUCUGCAAGUCUGAGAAUCGCCAUGGCCAGAUCAACUCUUCAUUUCAUUUUGUGGAUGUCCAGUAUCCUCCACGGCGUCCCUCUGUGUCAGUGAGUUCCUCUGGUGAAAUUGUAGAGGGCGGUUCAGUGACUUUGACCUGUAGCAGUGAUGCUAACCCAGCAGCUACCUACACCUGGUACAAGGAGAACGAAGACUCACCAAAAGCUUCAGGCCAGACCUUCACCAUCGCUGACAGCAGACCUGAACACAGUGGGAAUUAUUACUGUGAAGCCCAAAACAUCAGAGGACGUCAUAACUCCACCUCUCGUCUGACUAUUGUGCCAGUUUUCCCGAAGGAAUUGAAAUUUGCAGUCAUUGGUAUCAGCUCAUUUGUACUCCUGGCUAUCAUACUAGUCUUUGUCCUCCUUUUGAAAAGAAAAAAGAAGGCCUCGGCCUCAGAGGAACCGUCAGAGCCUGGAGAAAGCCCAAACAUCAUUAAACAGCAUCUCGGCAGUCAAUCAGACGAGCAGGAAGAGCUUCACUAUGCCAGCGUUCGCUUCUUGAAAACCGAUGCAGAUGCCAUUUACGCCAACAUCGAACAAGUUGGACCUCGCAGACACAAAAAGGAAGAGGAUGAGAGUGUGGUGUACGCUGCUGUCAAAUUUAACAGCGGCAAUUCAGCCCCAAGGAUUUCCCCUUUCAGCACCAGAACUCAGGAAAAUGAGGAGGAUAAAACUGCACUGUACAGUACAGUCAACAAAAUACGAUGAACUCUGAUUGACGUGUACAGACAUUUAUUGUCCUCAGAGGAUGACUACUCCAGACCUUGAUCAUCCACGUGCUCCAGGAAUAAACUUAAAUUUUGUUAGAGACUUUUAUGUCCACUAUUCAUUCUUGCCACCAUCAGGUCCUUUCAUAGUAGAUGAUAUAUAUAAUUUACAUUAUUUAUUGUUAAUAAAACAGUAUGUUUCUUUCUUUUUUGUAUUUUUGUUGUGCAUAUAUUUAAUAUGUUUUUAUUCUAUUUCAACUUUGCUGAAUUAUUUUGAGUUUUAAAAAGGACGUAUUGAAGCCAAGAGUUAAUAAAUAUUUUUGUUGCUCCCAUCUGACUCAUGUAGUUACAUCUGGUGAAGUGUAGGUGGUGAGGCAAUAAUUAUUAAAGUCUUUGCCAACCAACACAGUAACAACACAAUACACAGUAAGAUCAUACUGCAAACAAAUAGUUGCAACAUCGGGUGCAUGACUGUAACCACAGCAGUGUCUGUCUGCUGCUUCAGUUCCCAUGUCUCAUCAAGUGUAAAGACGUUAAAAAAAAAAUUUCCAUUUCGCAAGCAACCUCAACGUGGAGGUGUUUGCAAAAACCUUGUGAAAUAACAUGUAAAAAGAUGUUGUUGCCUUGGCCCUUAUUACUGAAACCUGGUUCACAGCGCACAUUGUUCAUUUAAACAGGAAGGAAGCACGGUGCAUUUAACAAUAUGGUUUUGGUUUUUCUGCUUACCCUGUCUGAAACAGGAAGGUAGCAAGAUAACUCCCUGUUUUGCAAGUGCAUUUGGCGUGACUGAUAAGCGUUGUGUACAUUUAUAAAUGUAUGUUUCUCAGUGACUGUGUGAGAAAAUACUGCAAGAGACACGUCAAAGAGACACUGGAAAGACUUUGAACACUGAAAAUACAAAAUGCUGUCAAAAUGACACUCUGUAUAACAUAGUUCUGCCUGUUUUAUUAACAGUACUAAGCUAUAACUAGUAGUCUACUUAGAAGGUGACCAGUGCACUGUUGAGGUCCAACGUUUAAAAAGCCUUCACUAAAAGUGGCUAAUACAUUGUAAAAGUUAAAAUGCAGCUACGCAUUGCAGCACACCAGGGUGAAAACUGUGCAAGCUUUUUAAACCUUGGACCGCAAGACUGUCUCGUCAUCUUCUUCUUAGCAUGCUCCAAUGAUCACCUCUUCACCAAAUAGCACCUUGAAGUUUUUUUUAAUUUAUCCAAAAAAAGAAGCACUCCCUUUUUCAUUUUUUGUUUGUUUGUUUGUUUGUUUUUGUUUUGUUUUUUUUGUUGUUGUUGCUGUCCUGUGUAUGUGAUGUAUGUGACUGUAAAAACAUGGACGUCUCGGAGAAAACGUUAGGAGGCCAGUGAGUCAUUGUAGAAAACUAGCAGCGGUUCGUCAGCUGUGGGUAAAUACUUUACUAGAGAUGAAACCCACAACACCACGACAUGUAAGUCCUACAACAAAUGUACUACUGCAAUGCAUGCGAAAAGACAUCUAGUGACAAUAGCAGACGAACAGUCCAUAUCCUCUGGACAGCAGACAGUUAACAACUUCACUAAACGUCCUGCGGUAACAGAGCGGAGGCGGUUGCACAUCUUACUGCACAUCUACUGCAACUAACCAGUUCUGUUCAGUUUUAUUAGUUGACAAUGUUGCUGUGGUUGUAGAUUGUGAUUUUUUCAUCUUUGAUGUCAGUUAAUGCACCAUGCGAGAGACGGAAACUCCGGUAGAGCUGAUAAUUUGCCGAGCAAGAGCCUAAUUUUAGAAGUAUCAGGCGGAUGGUGUUAACAGUGUUGCGUGGGUGUUCAAGCUUCCUUUGUUGAAGGUGUGACAAAACGUGCUCAGGUCAAGCGUACAGAUUUCAAAGCAUUACUUUCUAUUGGGUUUUUAUGACUUAGUUUAAAAACUAAGAAAUCAUUCAACUCCCAGUUGCAGCUUAAGAUAUACAAUGUUCUAUUUUCCAUAAAUUACUAAUUAAUUUCCCUUUCUGUGCUUCAUUUAAGUUUCUUAUGGAUUCAACGGCUACAACA